AUUCGAGAAACGCAGAAGGCACUCAGAGCUUGUACAGGUCCCCGGAUCAGCGGAGCUUAUGGUUCCCGCAUAAACAGUACGUGCGGAAUUCGGGGGUUUGUGGGUGCGCUGGUUUUUGACAGUGCACUGGAGCGAAGGUAGGCGGAGUACCGCUGAUACGCCAGACAGUUUGGGAGGACGGUACAUCGGAGGAUUGGUUGGUUACCAGCGGCAACGUUUUGCAGAUAAACAAUGGAUCUCAACUUCAGAGUCUUGAAAGAACCGAGAGGGUUUAUGCGAGUCUUACAAUUUGUCUUUGCCAUUUUUGCCUUUGCCACAACGUCUGGCUUUGGGAGUGCCACAACUUUCAAGGUCUCGUGCAGUCAAGAGUCCCCCGUCACAGUCAAUUUUCAGUUUGGCUAUCCAUUUAGGAUGUCAUACUUUCCUUUCAAAGCCCCUGCAGAGUGCACUGACGGGCGCUUUGAAGGCUGGACAACUGUCAGACUGCCCUUCAACUUUGCCAGCAAUGCGGAAUUCUUCGUGGCCACGGGUGUUCUGUCAUUUCUCUACUGCGUGGGCAUUCUGGGAAUCUACCUGUUCUCCAAUAAGAUGUAUAUUGAGAACCAGACUGUGCCUAUCAUUGACCUUGGGUUGUCUGCUCUUCUGGCCCUCUUCUGGUUUGCCGGCUCCUCUGCUUGGGCACAAGGCAAAAGUGACGUGAAGUACUACACCAGUCUCCCAAACUUCAGAAACUUUGUCGAUGUCUGCAAAGAUCGUCGCGCAUUGUGCGAACCUGAAACAACCGCAAGUUUUGCCACCCUCAACGUUUCGCUCAUCUUGGGCUUCUUCAAUGUCCUCCUCUGGGUGGCCGGCUGCUGGUUCGUCUUCAAGGAGACCUCCUUCCACGCCCAGCGCCAGCCUCCUCCUGUCGGGGGCGGCGGGGUGCCCCCGUUCCCCCAGUCGAACGCACAGUACCCCCCCCAGUCACCUCCCCCCAUCCAAAGCCCCACCUUCGGAACCCAGUACUGAGCCCCAGCCUGUCAAGUUUCCGACGACGACCAGUGGAGUAGCCCUUCUUUUGGGGUAGCCCCUCUCUGGCGUUUGCAUCCGAGGUCACGAAUUCCAUCUUGUUUCAUGCGAAGACGAGACCCUUGGUCUCCUUCCUCUCAUGUGUCUCCCGCAGUAGACUCUAUCCAUUUUCGGUGCCGCUUGCCACUGAUAUACUAUAUGAUAGAGGCGUGCGAACGGUAGCUCAGAUUGAAUGGUGCGGCGUCGUUCGUGGCCACCAUGGCGGAAGAGUACAGCAUGUCGUCUGGGCUCUCUUUGCUAGGAAUGACGCAGCUGUUGUGUUUGAUUCUAUCGUUCGCACGCACCUAACCUUUGAGUCUCUAUAAAGCUGGCUGUCUAUCGUGGCUCUUGUGGCCCUGUGGUAGUGGCUACCACGUGCAAGAAACUGUUCAAGCUAGACCCAUGGGCAACUAACUGUGGUGUUUAGAAGAUGUGAAGGGUACUCGGGCAUAGCUUUGAUUGGCACUCAAGGUGCUCGAGCGCCUGUGUGCCCAUAGCCUUGCCUGCAUUGCCGCAAUGUUGUCCACGAGCAUAGUUGGACAUGCAUUUUGGCCACUGCAACGGGCACCACAAGUGCCCGCAGCAAGCCGUCAUCUUGUUGCAAUUUUUUUAUGUUCGUUGACUCGGGUGAUUUGAGGUUUUUUGGUACGUGCUAAGAAAUUAAUGAAGUCUAUAAAAAGAAUGAGUUAAAAAUGUUGAUUUCUUUUGUGGCCCAAUUUGUUUUGUUAGAGUUUUGACUGUGUAGACAAGCUCCACAGUGCAAUGUUUCCUACAAGCAUUUGGGUAGUGGAGAAUUCAGGAAAGCUAUCACCCACCGUGAAGACAACCUAGGCUGAUUGGUGAAUAGGCGGCACGUGUUGCAAGGCAAAAUGGGGAACAGUUGAGAUGAAACUUGUCGAGAUGGCUGGCACUGCAAAGAUAGUUUGUUGCAUAUUUUCGCUGCAAAAUAUUUAAGAAAGGAAGAGCAUUUUGUUUUUACCUAGUGGUAUCGAAUAUUGAAUAAUUUGGUAUCAUUGUUUUGGGUUUCGAGCUUGGGACAGCUGAUGUUUUGCUCAGCCAGCGAAUUGGUGAAAGCCACCUGGCCCAAAUCAUCCGAGAGUUCUGUUCGUGAUGUCGUCUGUUUUAGUGGUGACCUGAAUUGCAGGGUGUUGCGCAUCAUGCAUGUGCGCUCUGAAGAAAACGAGUGUUUGAAGCUUUGAAAGUCUAACCACGAGUUAAUGCCUGUGGUUGGCUAAUGUUUCGUGAAGGCCGUUUUGCUCUUCAUUGCACUUACCCGUUACUCUAGAAAUUUCAUUACGAUGGAUUCUUCUGCAACAUGAUUUCAUGUAUUGAUCAUACAUGUUCUGCCCAUGCAGGAGGCAGCAAGUACUAUCAUUGUCUUCUAUAUUUCAUAGAAUGUAACAGUUCAUUUUCUGAGAUUGUUUUUUUGUUAUGGAGUUGCUUAGGGGUCAGCAACCUUUCGUCAGCAAAGGUCAAAGGCAAUGAUCUGGGACUCCACAAAAGUUGUUAGAAGUUUGAUUUGUGAAUUGGAGCACAAGCAGAGUUGCCUACGUUCACCAUUGCUUGUCUUCUCAAACAAAUGUUUUGGUCAGGAUUUGAUUGCCAGAGCCUUGAGAUCAGGGCUGCUUCCUAUGUGAACACAUAAAGGAAGGAAAAUGUCACUAAUCUCUGCCAAAAGGAUCUUCAGUUAAAGAUCACAAAGGAACCUGAUCGAUCUCUCAAACUGUGCGUUGCUGUCUUUUAUGCUGAACCUUUUUUGUUUUCUAACAAAGCUUUAUGAAAAUAAUGUGUCAGGAAUUGCUUAUUGGUUGGAAUUUAAGCCUGGGUUGUGGUUUUUCUUCUAGUGCAGUUUAUCUCCACAGCGAGUUCUUAUUUUGAACAAACGCAUAACAUGACCUUUCGUAGGACAAGCUUAUUUAUUUUUGUUUUCUUAUGGUUGUCCAUUACUUGUAAAAUGUUACUAGUUCCUCAUGAAUUACAUACAUAUAUAAAUGGUUGUGCUAUUUAAAGGUUUUUUUCAACUGGGCCCAUGCGGGAAACAUUGUGUCACUUUUAUCGCAGUAUGUUUUUAAGUACUUAAAUGUUUUCACUAGAGGGCACAUGCUCUUUGUUUGGAAAAGUUAUUGUACAAUGGACCUGUAACAUUUUCAAGGUAAUAUUCUUUCAAAAGUGCAACAAUUUACAAGUGCCCAUUCUUCUUUUAGGGUCUUUUUGGCCUUACUUGGUGUUUUAUUGUUGAAUAUACUAGGUAUGUUAUUACUUUUUUCUGGCUUUUAGAAAGAGCCACUUCGAUAGACUUGAUUUCAUGUUGUUUCUCGACAGGCCCUUUUCAAAAGUAAGUCUGACCAUCCAGAUCAAGUGUGAACCCCUCUCUCUAGCAAUGGCUUGAACUUUGCGCCACCCGAAAUAUUGAAGGUCUAUGAAAGCUUAGAGCAACAACUUAAGCUUUUCUGUGAGUUUUUCUGGAUAUCUACACAUUUUUGGGGAAAGCUAGAUGUACUACAGAGCAUCACUAAGAGUAUUUUCAGAGAUACUACAAGCAACAAAUGCAGUUUCUACUGCCUAACCAAAGCAAAGAACAGCAGUGGCGCUCCUCCCUCGAGACCAUGGGAACAUUCACUCCGAGAUUAGCAGAAGAGCUGAAAUAAUCUUCUUCAUUGUUCAGCAUCAACGUGGUAGAGGUGUGAAAAAUGGAUCCCCUCAAAGAGGUGCAUGUGCACUGCCUUCGAUUCACAAAAUGAAAGUGCCCAUUUUUUGCAAAACUGGGUAUUCAGCCAUUGUUACAGGGGCGUCUUGGUUCCUCACUGGACAGCACUCGCCCUUGAAAACGGCCUAUUCACCUACUUAGUCGAGUGAUAUUAACCCAGGAAGUUUACUAUAUAGCAUAUUUAAGGUAUGGUACCUCGGAAGUUUUCGUUUUUUGUCUACCUACAAGGCCCGCCAACCUAAAAAAAAGCAAGUUCCAAUUUGUGCGUAAUUCUACUAACCUGUUUUUUACACAAUACAUAGUUUGAGAAUAUUAUAAUUGGGCAGAACCUAGGCUCUGGUCGCAUUUUUUAUUGUAAUAUUUUGGGCGUGCUAUCAGGCUUCGUUUCAAUGACAACAUUCCACUUCAUGCAGGUUGCACGUGCAGCGAAUGUUCGUUUGAGUGAAGUUUGGUCGUGAAACGUUUAAUGCACUAGUCAAACGUAGUGUGGAGUAAACACUGUAAGGAAUUUUGUGUGAAACCUUGAACGAAAGCGACCAACUGCUAGUUUUUGCAGGCAUUCUUCAGCCCGCAACUUCCACGGGCUGCCCAAAUGUGUAUUUAUCCGCUCAAACUUAAGCUUUUCUUCUUUUUUUUAACAACGCCAAGCUGUUGGGUUGAAAAGCAGCAGCUAUGCAUGGUAACCCAAUAACGAAAUGGCAGCUGGCACGGUGUGGGAUGUUCUCUGCACCUCUGGACGGGAAAAGUUGGAAAAAAAAAAAACAAAAAAAACCAAGACAGCCAUUGUUACUCCUAGCAAAGUAUAUUCCAUGUCUUGUGCCUGUCUCCGAGGGGGAACACCAAAUCCCGACGUCUGGACAGAUACAAAUGUCAGACAGACCCCCUUUUUUCUCGAAGUUUCAGAAUGCGUUGCAUUAUGCAAACAAACGAAAAACGGUGAUCUCGUCCUUAAUAUUUUCAAUGCGUUUACUUCGUAGGUUUCCUAUCGUUCGGCACAAUUGUGACUGUCGCAUUCCUGCAUGAGGUUUGGCUCAUUUACCUUGUUCUCUGGUUGUGUUCUGAAGUUUGGACUGUUUUUUUUUUCUUUUUAUGUGCGACAUUUUUGAUUUACAUGUGUUGGUUUAUAUUAAUUGAUUCUUUUAUUUUUUUUUGUGAAGUGCUGGUAGCUAUAUUGCAGUGCAACAUUUUAGCAUUCUAGCUCCCUGUGUACCACGUUUGCUUUGCCUCAGUGCACAUUAAAUAUAAAAGAGAGCAUUUCCACGCUGUAGGGGUAGCUUCUUUUUUGCCAUAGUGCUCCAACACUAAAGCAGCUGUGGUGCUUACUUUGUGUGUUCUUAGCACAGUGCGCAUCUGGUGCCAUUCUUUGAGCACUGCACUACACCUCUGUGGGCAGACUAGGCUGUUCGGUUAGUUGCACGUACUUGGGGGACGACGGCCAGCAAUAAACAAUGGCAACUAUACGGCCUCUGUAUUUAAAAUAAUGGAAGGCUCUUGGUGGUGUGCACCUCAGCUUUGUGUUGGUUUGACUGUUUGCAUGACAUGCAAAACUGCUUCUUGGUUCCUUUGUGGACAAAUUAUUUUUUUUUGUGGUAUCGACCGAUAUUGGCCUGCAAUACACGUGGGUGCGGUUCUCACUCGCCCAUGAUUUGUGGUACUAGUUGAUUUCAUCUGGCAGAUGCUGUUAAUAUUUGGCUUUUUGUGUCUUUGUAGUUUACAUAUCUUGCUCUCCGAUACUUGGAACUUGAUGUACCAAGCACCAGUUCAGAAGGAGCAACAGCGCCUUCGGGAAUCCUGUACAAAGCGAAGUUGCAACUGUGAAUUUAGUUCAUAAACUAAAUAAAAUGGAGCAGAAAAGUAAGACCAGUGAUUUUGCAGUUUUUGCUAGUCACUUGCAAUGCAGUCUUCUUAGUUUCACACUUGCCUAGUAUUUCAACAGCCAUUCAGUACAAAAGGCAUCCUCCAAACAAACCUAUUACCGACUGUGGAUUCAUCUUACCCAGCUGAAGUAAUUUCCUUAAAGUGAGCCUUCCAAUAUUAAAAGCGUGCAACACUUUUCUGUGGUAAUAUUUUUGUGAGCCACCAAACUUAAACUUGAGGCCACACAGGUUGGGUCUGAGUGUUCCUUUAACUUGUGUGCACCAUGGGUUUCUGUUGGUGCAUUAUUUUGGAGAAUUUGAAGGACAGGUAAGAAUACAAUCCCCAAACAUGAAUGUAGUUGUAUCUGCUCUGCAGUGUUACCCACAUUGAGUGCUGUGUAAUAGCUUGUUACAGUGGUAGUUCGAAAGAUUACCAUUUGGUGAUUUAGGUGUAAUAUGUCCCUAGAGUGCAUUCCACUUAAACAAAAUAACGAAAACACCCUGUUAGACAAAGCACACAAAGGUUAUUGCUGUGUAGGAUGUGGUGUAAUGUUGUUGUGCAAGUCCAAGGUGUCUGGAGUGAGUGAAUCUAGUGACUGUUUUACUGCUCCGCUAAACUGGGUGUUUCUGGAAGGCAAGCUUUCAAUUGCUGACAACUAUUCUAAGUCUGAAAAAUCUAUAAUUACUCUAGUGCCAUAGCUGAGUACAGGUAUUAGUGUACAGCCUAACAGCCAUUCUAAAAAUGUGUGUGUGCGUGCGUGCUCGGAGUCGUGUUUGUUGUUGACCAUUCACAUCUGUUUUUAAUGCUAGGUUCAGGGCAGAGGAAAAUAGCAGAAGCACACUAGAAGAAUGGGUGUGCCGUGAAAAGCCCGCAGUACGCAGUUUUAAAGCGUAGUAGGCAUGUUACUUGAAAGCAUUAGUUAGAGGUACGUUACGUAAUGCCAGUUUUCACACUGAGUGCAGCAUCAUUAUGGAAUUCCUUGUGAUUAUCAUUCGCUAGGUUCAAUUCAUACGGUGACAGUGUUUGUCUCCGAGACACUCGAGUGAAUGCUGGUUUGAGUGCUGCCUUGUGUUCACCCUAACAUACUUCAUUCUGUUAUAUAAUGUUGGUAUGUACCUUUCUGUCCUCCUUAGUUUGUCUACCGUAUCCCCCACUCACAAGUGUGUGUGUGUGUGUGAACAAAACGGAGGACAUUGUCACCAAGAUGCACUGCCAGUUUUCCCACUUUAAAUUGAUUGUACAGUUGUCCUUUUGGCAGGAUGCCAGCAGUCACUGCGUAUCCAUCUAGACAAAAUGUGAACCAGCAGCGAACAGCUCUCAUUCCGCAGGCAACCAAUUACAGCUGACCAGUUUGACAUCAAAGUCCUUGUGUGCUUCCAUUAAGCCGUACCUAAACCCGUUUAUUUUGGUAGCAUUUGCUCAUUUCUGCUCGCACCUGUUGCGAAGCAGGAACAGCCUGAAACUUUUGUAGCCCUACUUGUAAGGACCAUUCCUCCUCGAUCAAGCCCUGCUUUGGUGCUAUACGUUGCUGGUUAAUUGGAUGCAGUAGUAUGCGCGAUUUGUUGCUGCUCAUCGAGGAACUGAGGUUGCAUAUCUCGAGAUAAAGAUUGCAUCAUAGUUCUCUGGCCCUCCUCCAAAGUUUUGUUACUUACCUGCAUUUUAUGUGAAUGGCAAUCCAAACCAACUUCGAACUUCAUGGCAUUUUUUUUAAAUGCAUGCAUUGGGGUGUGUCUUAGAUGGGUGGGACUUGCGUAUGCCACUUAUGUUGUGAGACUUCAGUGUGUGACCUGUGUAUGGGACUGUUUCAUCAAAGGAACCUGUUACUGUUGAUACUCUUAACAGAAAGUGUACAUAGUAUACCUACAUAAAUGUAUAAGAGAAUAUAUUACUGGAAAUAAAGUUCAAAAUGUGGACCAA